CCAAUGUCCACGCCGACUGCAAUUGCGCCAUCCAGGUUCUUCCUGCUAGCUCUGCUCAUCCUGGCGCUCUCACUUUUCAAUCCCUCGUUGCUGCCGCGCAGUGUCGCCCGCCUCUCCCAGUUGAAGCAGCACAUGUACCCAGCCGCCGCCGCAAUCCAUACGUCACCGCCGCUCUUCACCACCGCCAGCACCCGCAUCAUGGCCUACGAGAAGGAGCUUGAGAUUGCGCUGCUGGCCGUCCAGCGCGCCUCCAUCCUCACCAAGUCGGUCUACUCGAGCCACUCCAAGGGCACCCUCUCCAAGAGCGACUCGUCGCCCGUCACAAUCGGCGACUUUGGCGCCCAGGCCCUCAUCAUCGCCUCGAUAAAGCACGCUUUCCCCGAGGACGAGAUAGUCGGAGAGGAAGACGCCAAUGACCUGCGCAACAACGACUCGCUCCGUGACCUCGUCUGGGCCCUGGUGCAGGCAGCCAAGCUGGAGGAUAGCGCGGCAGAGGCCAAGAUUGGCGGGCCCAUCAAGAGCGCCGACGCCAUGCUGUCGGCCAUUGACCAGGGGAACAGCGAGGGCGGCAGCAAGGGACGCAUCUGGGCGCUGGACCCCAUUGACGGCACAAAGGGCUUCUUGCGUGGCGGACAGUAUGCGGUUUGCCUAGGCUUACUGGUCGAUGGCGUUCCCACUCUCGGCGUCAUUGGAUGCCCCAACCUCCCCGUCGACGACCAAGCGCCCCUCACCGUCACCACGGGGCAAGACGCAGACGACAAGGAAGGCAAGGGAGUUUUGUUUGCCGCGGUAAAGGGCCAGGGAGCCACCAGCCGGCCGCUGAGCCAGGGCGCCCUCCAAGAGCCAAAGACGAUCAAGAUGAAGCCGCUUUCAGACGUCACUCAAGCCACAUUCUGCGAGUCCGUCGAAGCAGGCCACUCGUCGCAAGGCGACAACGCCGCUAUCGCCGCCAAACUCGGCAUCACCAAGCCCUCUGUCCGCAUGGACUCGCAAGCAAAAUACUGCUCCAUCGCCCGCGGAGCAGGCGACCUGUACCUGAGGCUGCCGACGAGCAAGACAUACCAAGAGAAGAUCUGGGACCACGCUGCGGGUGUUGUUCUCGUCCAAGAAGCCGGCGGAGAAGUCACGGAUGCCUACGGAAAGCCGCUCGACUUUGGUCUCGGUAGGACGCUCAAGGAAAACAAGGGUGUCGUUGCUGCGCCCAAGGAUGCUUUUGCACACGUCAUUGGCGUCGUUAAGGAAGUGUUGAGCGCGAAGCAAUAGAUAUAGAGUAUAUAUCGUCAUGCAUGAGUUAU